CUGGACGCCUCCAUGACUGCACGCAACCCGCAACAGCUGCUUGCAUUUAGGGGGUUUAAUUUAAAACGUAUAUUUGAUAUUAUUCUGAUGCUGGAUUUAUUCGAACAAUGCAGCCCCAAAGUUAUGGAGUUAAACAAACUAUUUGGAUAGAGAAGUUACGCUUCCCGUACGGUCUUGGAAACUAGUCUGGAUUGGUUUGCGUAAAAACCGAAACGUCUUCUUUCCCUGUUAUUCUGUCAACAUCUGGAUUAACCAUUCGAUGACAAAGAUUAUUUUUGAAUUACCUUAAUUCUAUGUGAUCAUUUCCUUUUUCAUAUAUGAUAGUGUGUGGACGCUUAUCCUGGAUGUUUGCGUUUUUGGAUACCAAUGAGUUCUGCAUGUAGAUUAUGCAUUCUUUAGGAUGGGUGCGAACAAUGGGAAACAGUAUGGAAGUGAGGGUAAAGGUAGCUCCAGCAUCUCCUCUGACAUUAGUUCGAGUACAGAUCACACACCGACCAAAGCUCCAAAGAAUGUGGCUACCACCGAAGACUCAGACCGCAGCACACGGACAUUGAGCACCCCCAGCCCUGUCCUCAUCCUGCCCACAAAGUCCCCCUCCCUCUCCUCUCCAGCCCUAUCCAUCAACGGCCAUGAGUCCACCUCCCCCUCUGGCUCUGCAGAGACCGUCGCCAUGGUGCACCCCCAGCCAGGCACCCAGACCCGCUCCCGCCAAUCUAAAGGUCAACACUACGCCCCCAUCGACCUCCUCCCUGAUCAUGCCCUCCUGCAGAUCUUCUCUCACCUUCCCACCAAUCAGCUGUGCUGCUGUGCACGGGUGUGCCGGCGCUGGUACAACCUGGCGUGGGACCCGCGCCUGUGGAGCACCGUUCGUCUGACAGGCGAGCUGCUCCAUGCCGACCGUGCCCUGAGGGUGCUGACCCACCGGCUGUGUCAGGACACCCCCAACGUGUGUCUGACCCUGGAGACUGUAGUGGCCAGCGGCUGCCGGAGGCUCACUGACCGGGGGCUGCAUGCAGUGGCUCAGUGUUGCCCGGAGCUGCGCCGCCUAGAGGUGACCGGCUGCUACAACAUCUCCAACGAGGCCGUGUUCGAGGUGGUUUCCUGUUGCCCCAACCUGGAGCACCUCAAUGUCUCAGGCUGUUCCAAGGUGACCUGCAUCAGCCUCACCCAGGAGGCUUCAGUCCAGCUCUCUCCGCUGCAUGGCCAGCAGAUAUCCAUCCACUACCUGGACAUGUCUGACUGUUUUUCCCUGGAGGACCAGGGCCUCCGCACCAUUGCCUCCCACUGCCCCCGCCUCACACACCUCUACCUGCGGCGCUGCACGCGUCUCACUGACGAAGCCCUGCGCCACCUGGCUCUGCACUGCCCCUCCGUCAGGGAGCUCAGCCUCAGCGACUGCCGCCUGGUGGGGGACUUCGGGCUGCGCGAGGUGGCCCGCCUGGAGGGCUGCCUGCGCUACCUGAGUGUGGCCCACUGCGGCCGCAUCACAGACGUGGGGGUGCGCUACGUGGCUCGCUACUGCCCGCGGCUCCGCUACCUGAACGCGCGGGGCUGCGAGGGCCUCACGGACCACGGCCUGGGACACUUGGCCAGGAGCUGCCCCAAACUCAAGUCCCUGGAUGUAGGCAAGUGCCCGUUGGUGUCAGACAGCGGGCUGGAGCAGCUGGCACUGUAUUGCCAGGGCCUGAGGAGGCUGAGCCUGAGGGCGUGCGAGAGCGUGACGGGUCGAGGUCUACGGGCCAUAGCCGCGAACUGCUGCGACCUGCAGCUGCUCAACGUACAGGACUGCGAGGUGUCGCCGGAGGCACUGCGAUUCGUUAGGCGCCACUGCAGACGUUGCGUCAUAGAGCACACGAACCCCGGGUUCUUCUGAGAGAGGGAUCACUGGAUUCACCUUCUGACAAAUGGAUAUGUUUAAAUUCCUGCUCUGGGGUUGACCAAGAAGAGGGCUGAGUUGUCAGGACUAGUUGGAAAUGGUGUGCAAUAUCCACUUGUGUAUUUUCUUAAGGUAAUUUGCAUGGUUAAUAAUGCUGUUCUUUGUGUACACUCACAUGGAAUGUAUUUAACAUAUUUAUCUGUAUAAAGGGAGGCAAAUGUUUCAAUGUAUUAGACAUUGUUUGGUAUUCCUCUCACAUGUCACAUUUCGGAUGUAACGUUUGCUAUGCAAUAACAUUGAGCACUGGGUACAAAUUCAUUUCGAAUGCCUUCUCUUUACCUUUGUCCAUCUUUUGUGCUUCAUUUCAUCAACUUUAAGGAGACAGAUAUACACCUUUACAUUGUACACAUUCCUUUUUGCGCAGGAAGUUAUUCCACACCAAACCACUAUGAAUGUAUCACUAGUAAGCUAACCCAAUAACCAGCAUAUCUGGUGACUUCUUAACCCUGUGUUCAAAACCAGUCGAAAGAAAGGUGUAUCUUUGUCAGUCUUAAGUGCUUAUAAUGUUUCUUUUUUUGUAUUUUGUGUGCAUAUGUACUUUAUCAAAUCUAAUAGACAAUCACUUCAAUUGAGCUCAAUGGUGUCAUGCGUCUUGACUAUUUUAUCUUGCAAAGUACAGUGUAUGGAAUUAGUGUAUAGACUCAAUGUAUCGACUCAGUGUACAACUACGUUUUACUACCAAAUAGAAAACAAAAGGAUUGGUGUUCUUUUGACCAGGAACAUGUUGCUGCUACAAUUAUUCUAAUAAACAGCUUUGUAAUAAACAAUUCUUCAACCAUCAGGACAUAUUUUUCACACAGAAUGAAGUGAAAAUAGCCACGAGACGUGACGCCCAUGUGGACAUGAGUAUGCAGGAAGUUCAUCUGUAGUAGCACUCGCUAUUUAGUGCCGUUCAGGUGCUUGAAAAAGCAAAUACCGGUGCUACCAUAAGUGGCUUGCUACCAUAUACUGUAUCAUACACUAUAUACAGUAACUUAGCUGACAGAGGGAGCCGCAGAGAGAGUGCGAGAGAUAAUCCGUUGAGUUGUUAAACCAAAGGUCAUUGUUCUGUGUGUGUCUGCGCAUGUGUGACACAGCACUUCACAGCACGCUUCCUGUUUAUUCAUUCCAUUGCUGUGCCAUGUUACCUCAUAUGGUAAGGACUGUGUGUCACCGCAACUUUGGCCACCAUCCUCUAGGGUUGUGUUCCUGUUAUAACACACUGACAAAGAAGAGUAGAAUAACAUUUGAGUACCUGAGUGUUAAACAAUAGUUAUUUUCACUGUCUUGUAUUGUAGCUACAUGUCUUCUUCUCUGUUCUUCUGUUAUCUUUAAGUAGAAAUUGGAAUUUCAAUCACUGACUGACACCCAAUGACAAUUAACACUGAUAGUCAAUGGUUUGUGUGUAUGUGAGUGUGUGCGUGUUUAUGAUUAAUUUGAAUGCCUAUGUAAUGUAUGUGUUUUCAUCAGUCUGAAUUUCUCUUUCUCUCUGAAAGUAACAGCCAUGAUGAAACAGCUCCUGUUGACUUUUUGCCUGGCCGUAGGCCUUUUCAGCACUUUGUUAGCUCAAACAGGUACAUAUUGCAUUACAGAUUUUGGCCUUAUUUAACCUACAACCUGAUCCUACUCCCCUCCUUUUUACCUAUUGGUCAAAUGACUUCAAGUCUUACUGACAGACACGUAUGUACUUCUAGAGGCUUCUAGCCCUUUGGUAACCCUAAAGAGUGGUAGUGUUCGUGAGCAGUACAGGACAGUGAAGGGCACAGAAAAGGUAGUGGAGGAGUACCUGGGGAUUCCCUUUGCAACCCCGCCUUGGGCUCGCUGAGUCUGACUGCUCCUUUGCCUGCUGAGCCCUGGGAGGGAGUGAGAGAUGGCACCAAACUACCCCUUACUCAGGUUAUGGUUUGGAUCCAUGGGGAAGCUUAGCUGUGGGUGGAACCUUCCAAUAUGAUGGAUCGGCUCUGGUGGCCUAUCAGAAUGUGGUUGUGGUUGUCAUUCAGUAUCGCCUUAGCAUCCUGGGUUUCUUCAGGUAUGACCUUGACAACAUUUCACCAGUGUUACUCUACAUUUACUCCAAUUCGCAUUAAGUGCCUUAAACUCUAACUGAACUAUAGUAUGUUUUACAAUGGUGCCUUGAAUGUUCAUUUGAUGUGCCAGGUGUGCCAAAACAACAUUACAACACCAGAUGUAUUGUUUAUUUGGUUCAAGUACAGGAGAGAAACAUGCAGGUGGUAACUGGGGCUUCUUGGACCAGAUUGCCAGCCUUCAGUGGGUUCGUGAUAAUAUAAUGGAUUUUGGGGGAGACCCAGACUCAGUCACCAUCUUUGGACAAUCUACCUGGGGCAUUAGUGCCUCCAUGCUGGUAGGUAUGAGAAAGACAAUGUGACACAGCAGUGAGAUGGUCAGGUACAGAAGAAGAGGUGUGGUUGAAUUUAUACCUCACAGUGUAAACCAUCAAAACCAAAGAGAGUAGAACUGUUUGAUCCAAUGGCUCUGUCUAUCACCUGACAGGUGUUGUGUCUGUUAGCUGAGGGCCUGUUUCCCAGAGCCAUCCCUAUGAGUGGAGUGUUACCACUGGAGGCCCAUUACACCAACAACUCACUGGCCAACGCCAAGGUACUCAUGAAUACCUAUGUAACACAGCAUCCAGGUCCACACCCACCCUGCCCCCAUUAAUGCGGGUACAAAACAAACCAUUGGUUACAAUAUGAAUAACAUGAUGGCCCUGACUAUGAUCUAAAAUAGUAACCAGUCUUCUCUGAGAGGGUUUGUUCAUGGCAGGUGAAUUCCUCUCCCAUUCCAGAUGAUGGCCAAUCUGUCAGAGUGUGAUGACAGCACUACUGAGAAGAUUGUGCAGUGCAUCAGAGGGAAGUAUGAGGUCAUUCUGUUCUGUUUGAUGUGGCUUAUGUUUGGCAUGUUGGUCUAUUAUCAUAUGCACCGAAGCUAACAAAAAUAUCUGUAUUUUAGGUUCAGGCAUUCUUGGGCCCUGCCAUUGAUGGUGUGUUCCUGAAAGGGCCUCCUGAAGAGGUUUUGAAGAACAAGGAGUUCCUGAAGGUUCCUAUGGUUGUAGGGGUGGUCAACCAUGAAUUUGGAUGGAUUAUGGCUCAGGCAAGCUCAUUGGCUUUUAUAUCUUGUUGUGAGAUUUUCUUUAAGACAACAUUCUUGUGGUCAUCAGAUCAGAUCAGAUUACUGUACCUGUAUCACAUUUCCGAUAUCUUCACCUCUGUUGCAGUCUAACUGUUGUUUCUGAUGCCAUAGUUUUUUGCACCUCUGGGUUGGGUUGAUGGCAUGGAGAAGCAGUCUGUGGUAUCCGUGAUGGAUAUUUUCUUCCCAGUUUAUGUCUCCCAAUGAGCUGGGGUUGGUGGAGUGGACUCCCUUUGACCACACCGAGAGUUAACUGAACCUGGGCUUGGAGCAGACAGUGGGCCUGGGACUGAACCAGAACAGGUCCCACUUCCUGAAUGUAGUCCUGCCCCAGAAACUCUCAAUCCACCAGACAGCCAAUGAGGAGAUCUAAAUCUCUGGGCUUUACCAUAUAUGGACCCUUCAAUUAACACAUGAUCAACAAUUAAUUUGGUAACACUUUGGCUACAGGACAUUCUGAAAUCCAUUGGAAUAUUGAAUACCUUAUGUUGUAUAAACAUGCUUUUUAAAUACUGUGGCUGUAAAAACACACAUGUACCUUGUACAAUGGAUGAAUAAAGAUGUAAAAGAUUA